AUAAAAUGCUUAUCUUCUAGGCUAUUUCUUUCCUUUAAGAGAGAAAGAGCCCUAAUUCACACCUCGGCAUCCGGGAGCUCCGGUCUCGCCUAGCGUCGGAUCUGCCGCAAUGGGCGUCAAGGAGUACGAAUGCCAGCCCCUGAUUGACUAUCGGACUGUUGCUGGAGUGUCUGGGCCUCUGGUGAUGCUCGACAAAGUCAAGGGCCCAAAGUUCCAAGAAAUCGUGAACUUGAGACUUGGCGAUGGUUCUUACAGGAGAGGUCAGGUGCUGGAGAUCGAUGGCGAACGGGCCGUGGUGCAGGUCUUCGAAGGGACUACUGGAAUUGAUAACAAGCACACGACUGUUGAGUUCACUGGAGAGGUGUUGAAAACCCCGGUGUCCAUAGAUAUGCUCGGUAGAAUCUUUAAUGGUUCUGGGAAGCCUAUCGAUAACGGGCCCCCGAUCUUGGCAGAAGCUUACCUAGACAUUUCUGGAAGCUCCAUCAACCCAAGCGAACGUACGUACCCGGAAGAAAUGAUUCAGACUGGCAUUUCGACCAUCGACGUUAUGAACUCCAUAGCCCGAGGUCAGAAAAUCCCACUUUUCUCGGCUGCUGGGCUGUCGCACAACGAAAUUGCUGCUCAAAUAUGCCGACAAGCCGGACUUGUGAGACACUUGGACGCGGGGAACGUUUUAGAGCGUGAUGUUGAAGACAACUUUGCAAUCGUCUUUGCAGCUAUGGGUGUGAACAUGGAGACUGCACAGUUUUUCAAAAGGGAUUUUGAGGAAAAUGGAUCGAUGGAAAGAGUCACAUUGUUCUUAAACCUGGCGAACGAUCCCACAAUCGAACGUAUCAUUACUCCCAGGAUUGCGUUGACGACGGCAGAGUAUCUGGCUUAUGAUUGCGGGAAACAUGUGCUUGUCAUUUUGACCGACAUGAGUUCGUAUGCGGAUGCAUUGCGUGAGGUGUCUGCCGCUCGUGAGGAGGUGCCUGGUCGUCGUGGAUAUCCUGGUUAUAUGUAUACAGAUUUGGCAACAAUUUACGAGCGUGCUGGACGAAUUGAAGGGCGAAUGGGAUCAAUCACUCAAAUUCCCAUUCUCAGUAUGCCAAACGAUGAUAUCACUCAUCCGAUUCCGGAUCUCACUGGUUACAUUACUGAGGGACAGAUUUAUGUGGACCGUCAACUCUACAAUCGUCAGAUCUAUCCACCUAUCAACGUGUUGCCAUCGCUUUCUCGUUUGAUGAAGAGUGCUAUUGGAGAAGGUAUGACCCGAAAGGAUCACUCCGACGUUUCGAACCAGCUUUAUGCAAACUAUGCCAUUGGCAAAGACGUUCAAGCGAUGAAAGCUGUCGUGGGAGAAGAAGCGCUGUCAUCUGAAGAUCUGCUGUACUUGGAAUUCUUAGACAAAUUCGAGAAAAAAUUUGUCAGUCAAAGCGCUUACGACACAAGAGACAUCUUCCAGUCCUUGGACUUGGCGUGGACUUUGCUCCGGAUUUUCCCCAGAGAACUACUGCGCCGUAUACCAGGAAAGACUCUGGAUGCAUUCUACAGCAGAGAGUCCGCUCAUUAAUCGAUCGACCCGGCGGAGGGCUAUGCAAUUUUCUAUAAUCGAUCGAGGUGGUAUUUCUUUUAUAAAUUUCUCGCCGUGACUACUUAAGCGCAUCAAUGUGAGCUUUUGCUUACCAGAGCCAGGAAAGAAGAAGAAUAAAAAGAGGUUUUUUCCUCCGGGAGAAAAGCAAAUC